AAGUAACCGCCUUUCCUUCCGAAAUUUCAUAUCCCCUUUUUAUUCCCAAUUCCACCUUCCUUUUAUUUCUCCUUUGAAAUCGCCCUCUUCCUCUCCUUCUCGAUACCAUUCGACGCUCUCGAGAAACGACAGGAAAGUAAAAAAAGGGAAGGGAGAGAUGGCGGGUAAAGGAGGAAAGGGUCUUCUGGCGGCGAAGACGACGGCGGCGGCAAACAAAGACAAGGACAAGAAGAAGCCCGUCUCCCGGUCCUCGCGAGCUGGUUUGCAGUUCCCGGUUGGCCGGAUCCACCGGCAUUUGAAGUCAAGGAUUGCAGCAAAUGGUCGUGUGGGAGCCACUGCAGCUGUGUACUCAGCAGCAAUAUUGGAGUAUCUGACAGCGGAGGUGUUGGAGCUUGCAGGGAAUGCGAGCAAGGAUCUUAAGGUGAAGCGGAUCACCCCGCGCCACCUUCAACUUGCCAUCCGAGGGGACGAGGAGCUUGAUACUCUCAUCAAGGGCACCAUUGCAGGGGGUGGUGUCAUUCCCCAUAUCCACAAGUCCCUUAUCAACAAGUCUUCAAAGGAAUGACCAUGCUAAGUUCUUUAUAUGUAGAAAUUUGUAACUGUUAGCAGCCAUGCAUGUCUUCUUACUUAGUCUGUGGUUUUUAAUUCUAAUCAUGUAGUUGUAGGUUUAAAUUCAGAACAAGGUUAAACUUUUAAGUUGUGUCUCAGGCUUCAGGAUUCUUCAUGAUCUGCUUUGGACUUUCUGUUGUUUGGACCAGUGUUUUGAUUUUGGUGCAUCUGUAUAUAAUUUAACUCCAAUUUCAAGUGUCUGUUAUUGCUCAAAAAGUUACAGAACCAUGUUGUUUCUUGUUAAUCUGAGUAACCAGGCUUGUAUCUUGUGGCUGGUUAA